GGUUAAAUUGUAAUAAUAAAAAAAAAAGUUUGUGUCUGACUGAUCUUGACGUUUCUUCUAAAAAUUAUAAUUAUUAAUUUAUUUAUUAAAAAGCAACAAAAAAAAUAUAAGAAAUGUAAAAUUCUAAAAUUUUCAAAAUGUCGUUUAUUAAUGAACCAGUUCUUAAUAUCAUCGUGGUCGGCUUCCAUCACAAAAAAGGAUGCCAGGUGGAGCAUUGCUAUCCUGAAUUAAUACCUGGCCGACCAACAGAACUACCAACCCCAUGGAAACACUUGCCAGCGCUUGCUUUACCAGAUGGAUCUCAUAAUUAUCUCUCAGACACAAUAUUUUUUAAUUUGCCUGGUCUCACAGAGCCGGAUCAUACAGUCUAUGGGGUAUCAUGUUUCCGACAAAUCCCAGUAGAGCAAGUAGUACAGAAAACGGAAGAUAUGACUCGAAGUUCAGUGCAAAAGAGUGUCUGUGUGAUAUGCAGAGCACCAUUAUUUGGACGACUUGCUGUUAAAAUGGAGUUAGUAGUCAGAGCUUGGUUCCUACAGGCUGACUUUUCACAAACUAAGCUAUUGGAAGAUGCAUUCAAACAUUUAAAUAGUUGUCCAGUGCAACUAGAUCAAACUCUGGAAGGAUUAUCAGUGAUGCGGCUAAUAGAAAGUUGGCGUCAUAAAGCUUUGUUGCUUUUCAAAUUGCUGCUGUUACGCCGCAAGGUACUUAUGUAUGGAUCGCCGGCAGGCCCGCUAUCAGCCGCGCUGUUAACCCUCGUGUCAUUAUUACCACGCUGUUUGGAACAUGGGUUGACUCGAGCUGCCAAUGUAACAUUGUCUAGACCAUUAUCUCCGGUUUCUAAUGUUGAUGAUAAAAAUAAAGAUGAUGUUGACUGUAACAUUUUAAUAUCAAACGACACUUAUAUAAAUGGAUCAAAUCAAAGUGAAGAACUAUCACCCAAAGAAACUGGUAACAUGUUGGAAGAGAAGGACAGGGUCAGUAGGCAGAGUUUUGAUGAGGCUCUUAUUGGUGAAAUUGCUGAUAGGCAAGAUCUCGGCAGGGAAAAAUGUCACAGCGUUGGUGAGAAAUAUAAAUCACAGAAAUCUAUAACAGAAGCUCAGCAAAGUCCUACAAUGGCUAGAGAUAUGAGUGUAGAUGGAUUAUAUAAUUUGACUCAACAAAUUGAUCAGACUGAAUGUGGUUUCCCACUGUCUCUUUUUGAAGAUGGUUACAUCUGUUUACCUUACUUAUCAUUGCAGUAUCUAGAUCUCUUAUCGGAUUCUGCUGUACAGGGAUUUAUUGUUGGAGCGUCUAAUGUGUUAUUUAAGCAGAAACGUCAGUUGUUUGAUGUUUUAGUUGAAUUGAAUGAGAUGCGAAUAGAGACGGCCGAUAUGAUGCUAAGAAGGCAACUCGUUCUUGGCACCGAGGACCUUCGGUUCGCUGAUCACGUAGUCCGUCAUGGUGCGACGCAGGGCGACGCGUGGAUAAGAGACCAAUUUUCAAGUUACUUAAUUUAUUUACUAAGAACUUCACUUUUGCCAGAUGGUAGCCGAGAAAUAGAUUCCUACAAUGCUCAAUUUAUGUCUGCGUUUAAGGCGACACCUGCUUACCAGCAGUGGUUAAAAAAUACAAACAAUGGCGACAUCGAAGCUUUUGCGAAUCUCGCUCCCGUACACCCCUUCUCUGGACAACUGUCCGUAGCUGAUAUGAAAUUAAAGUUUGCACACACGAUGUCGACGACGGAGGGCGGCAGGAAGGUGACGGCGGCGGUGGCGAGCACGGGCCGCGCGGUGGCCACCACGUCGCGUGCCGUCGGCGGCGCGUUGUCGCAGGCGCGGGGCGCGCUGUCGGGCUGGUGGACCGCGCUCACUGGCCCCGCGCCCGCGCUCACCGACCCCGCGCCCGCGCUCACUGGCCCCGCACCCGCGCUCAACGACCUCGCGCCUGCGCUCACCGACCCCGCGCCCGCCGGCCCCGCGCCCGACUCGCCCCCCGGCCCCGCGCUCCAAGCGGAUGACGCGUUGCGAGUCGGCCGACAGGUCGCCAGCGACGACAACAGGAACGAGCUCCUCGAGAGCCCCGAUCCUCCGGAUAAAUCUAUAGAGGACGCCGCUGCUACGAAUAUUAGCAAAAUACAAGUGAUAUAGAAAGUUAAAUAUAGAAUUCUAGUAAAUAAGUGACAAUGUUUCAUCUUAGCCGAUUAGUAUUUAUUAUGAUGAUAGGAUAUACGUGGAGUCUAUAGCUUUGAGUGAAUCUGUACUUUGAGAAUCGAAUUUGAAAGUAUUCAUAUGUAUAGAUUGGUUGUUAAUUAAUAUACAAAUUAACAGCGAUUAGAGCCAUUGUGAGAUUAUUCGUACUACUAUAAUUAAAUUAAUUGGAAAGCUUAAUAAUAAUGCCUAUUAAGAUUUUCAAUAAUUGUGCUUAAUUCAUAGAAUUUCCUGUAAACACUAUCAUUGUACAUGCACAAUAAUUGAAAUUGUGAUCGUAAGAAUCUACAGAUAAAUUAAUAAUAAUAGAUGUUACUUUCUUUCAUAAGUUAUAAUUCUUGUUGGCUUCAUUUUGUAUGAAUCAAAAAAUAUAUUUAACAUCGACAAUAGAAUUCUUGAAAUUAAUUUUUCGUUAAUUCGGCACUAUUGAGGUCUUAAAUAUGAUAAAUUAAGUAUAUUUAUAUAAAUAUGUAUAUCUUUGAAUAUAUAGAUAAUAGCUAUUUGUAGACUUUGAUACUGUUUGUGAUCUCUGAAACAUAGUUCGUUGUUGAUAUUCUUAUAGUAUAUUGUUUUUAGUAUUUGGUGUGUAAAAAGUUAAUAGUGGAUUAAAAUACUAAGAUGAAUGCUUAUUGCAAUAUUUUUAUUACUUUUUUACGAUUUUAUUUUAUAAUAUCAAGUGAUAAUCUUCUUUAUGUUACGUAUUCAUCUAUGUAUCAACGUCGAUGAACUAUCACGGUUCUGAAAGUUAAAACUAAAGUUGUUCAGUUUAACAUAAUAUAAUACUGCAAAUGAUGAAA